UAAUAAUUGAAUAUAUGAUAGAAACAAUUUAGCAAGAGAUAGCUCCUCUAAAUACUAAUAAACCUGAACCGUCUACUUCUAAAACAUUACGAAGUAGAAAAGUUGUUGAUUUAGUUUUCUAAAAUAUCACCUAUCAAAUAAGUAAUUAUUAAAGAAUAUAUUUAGAGAGUAGAGUAAUACUUAACAAUAUAAGUGGAAUAUGUCCUGGAGGGCAUGUAACAGCAAUAAUGGGAAGUUCUGGAGCAGGAAAGACAACAUUAUUGAAUGUAUUAGCUUGUCGGAUUUCUAAUUCUAAAACAAAUAAACUAACUGGACAAUUAUUGGCAAAUAGUAGUCCUUAUGAUUACGAGAAGUUCUCAAAGUUUGCCUCAUAUGUUAUGUAAAAUGAUGUUUUAAUGGAAACUAUGACUCCAAAAGAAGCACUUGAAUUUGCAGCUAAUUUAAAAUAUAGCGAUAAUCAAGUUAAAGAGUCUCGAGUUAUUGAAACACUUAAAUGUAUGAGACUUGAAAGAUGCCAGAAUACAUAUAUAGGAGGAAUUAAUAUGAAAGGUAUUUCUGGAGGUGAACGAAAAAGGACUUCUAUUGGCUACGAAUUAGUCUCCAAUCCUAGUUGCAUCCUACUUGAUGAACCAACCUCAGGAUUAGACUCUUUUACAGCUUUUUAAAUUAUGUAAUUAUUUUAUUCUCAUUAAUUUAUAGCCAUUAAUUAAGAAAAUUAUCAGAUGAGUAAGAUAGAACUAUUAUUUUCACUAUACAUUAACCAAGUUCAGAUAUAUUCUUACUUUUUGACAGAAUUAUGCUUUUAGUUUAAGGCAAAAUAGUAUAUUAAGGAUCAAGAGAAAAUAUUAUUAAUCAUUUUAGUAGUUUUGGAUUUAAGUGUCCUGAACAUUCCAAUCCUAUGGAUUAUUUUUUAUCUAUCACUCAUUCUGAAGACAAGUAAAAUGUUGAGAAUUACAGUUUAUAUUUUGAGAAUUAUCAAUAGAAAUUACAAAAAUAUAUUGAAUCUGAAAUUUCGAAUUGUUGUAAUUCAGAUGUACCAUUAAAAACUAAUGAAACUACAUUUACCUAUUAAAUUGGUGAAAUAUCUUCAAGAGGAGUUAAAAAUAUAAUGAGAGAUCAUAUGCAAUUUAAAGCUAAAGUUAUGUAAGCUAUCUUCUUAGGACUACUCAAAGGAGGUGUAUUUUGGGGAUCUGGUCGAAACAGUGGUAAAUUAGAAGAUUUAUUAUCAAUAUCAGGAGGUAUCAAUAUUAUUUUAAAAUUUUUUAGCUUUAUUUUUUAUCUGUGUAGAUUUUACAAUGAAUGCCAUAAUGUCAUGUAUUUUAAGUUUUUCAGUAGAAAGAGAAGUUUUUUUGAGAGAAGAAAAUUCAAAAUUAUACACAACAUAAUCUUAUUUUUUAGCAAAAUAAUUAAUUGAAAUACCAUUUUGUGUUAUUUCACCUUUGAUCUAAUAGAUUAUAGCUUAUUGGAUGAUAGGAUUAAAUGAUUAUUCUGGAGAAAUUGUGUUAACACAUCUAUUGAUGUCAGUUUUAGUUUUUGUAUGUUCCAAUUCAAUGGGUAAGAAUAUUUAUUUAUUAUUUUAAGGAUUAAUGGCUGGAGCUGCAUUUAAAGAUAUUUAAUUAGCCUUAAAUAUUGUACCAGCAAUAGUGACUCCAUUGAUUAUCUUUUCUGGAUUUUAUUCAAAUCAAAAAUCAUUUUAUCCUUGGAUUGGAUGGUUGUAAUAUUUAAGUCCAAUGAAAUAUGGAUUUGAAGCAAUGUCUUACAAUGAAUAUGAAGGGAAAUUAUAUGAUACAAAUCCAGAAGAACUUUAUGGUUUUGAUAUUGGAUUGUGGUGGUGUGCUUUAAUAUUAUUUGGUUAUAUAAUAGUAUAUAGAGUGAUGGCAUUCCUAUUCUUAUAUGGAUUAAAAUAAAAACUCUAAUGAUAUUGAAUGUAUUAAGU